GCCGCGCGCGCGCCGCCCUCGCGCCCGCCCCGCCAGGGCGCCCGCCCCGCGGAGGGCGGGCCGAGGCCGCGCCGCUUCCGGUCGCCGGGGCGGGCACGCGGUGGCCGGAAACCGGAAGCGGCGCCGAGGCCGCUUCCGGUCUCCCGCCGCUGAGGCCGAGGCUGAGGGUGCUCGGGCUGCGAUGGCGGCCGCGGCGGCGCCGGGGGCGGAGCCGGGCCCGGGGGCGGGGUCGGUGCCGAGCCUGGAGAGCCAGCGGCGGCUGGUGGAGGACGGGGAGAGCGGCCGGGAGCGGCCCCUGCGGCCGGGGGAGAGCUGGUUCCUGGUGGAACAACACUGGUACCAGCAAUGGGAGGCCUAUGUCCGAGCUGGAGACCAGGACUCUAGCGCCUUCCCUGGGCCUGUCAACAACGCCGAGCUCUUCGAAGACCAAGAAACUUGGCGCCUGAAGGAACGGCUGGUGGAAGGUGAGGACUAUGUGCUGCUGCCAGCCAUGGCCUGGCGUCUUCUGGUUAACUGGUAUGGGCUGGAGCCCGGACAGCCUCCCAUUGAGCGCAAGGUGGUAGAGCUUCCCAGCACCCACAAGGUAGAAGUCUAUCUGGUGGAGCUGCUCCUGUGUCAGCACAAUGACAUGGAAAUAUCCCGGCCUGCCCAAUUCAGCCGUGCAGAUCCUGUUGAGUUGGUCCUUCAUACAGCCAGGGAACAGUUCUUAGUGGGGCCAGAGGAGGAGACACGCCUGUGGGUGAAGAAUGCAGAUGGCUCCUGCGAGAGACUGAGGAACAUCCAUAUGUCUGUGUUAGACGCCUGCCUUGGGCCUGGUCAGGUUGUCAUCAUGGAGACUCGGAACAAAGACGGCACGUGGCCUAGCUCCCGGCCUCACAUCAUGAAGAGCGUGACAGAUGAGGAGGACAGUUUCCGGGGCCAGCCAGGUGUCUGUGGCCUCACCAACCUGGGGAACACAUGCUUUAUGAACUCAGCCCUGCAGUGCCUGAGUAACGUCCCCCCACUGACGGAAUACUUCCUCCAUAACCACUACCUGAAGGAACUGAAUUUCUGCAAUCCUCUUGGCAUGAAGGGCGAGAUUGCUGAGGCCUAUGCUGACCUGGUCAAACAGGCCUGGUCUGGUCACCACCGCUCUGUGGUCCCCCGGAUGUUCAAGACCAAGGUUGGCCACUUUGCCUCCCAAUUCCUUGGGUACCAGCAACAUGACUCCCAGGAGCUGCUGUCCUUCCUGCUUGAUGGGCUACAUGAGGACCUGAACCGGGUCAAGAAGAAGGAGUAUGUGGAACUUCGAGAUGCUGCUGGCCGCCCUGACCAGGAGGUAGCAGAUGAAGCAUGGCGAAACCACAAGCGUCGAAAUGAUUCUGUCAUUGUGGAUACGUUCCAUGGACUCUUCAAGUCAACACUGGUCUGUCCCGAGUGUGGAAAAGUAUCUGUAACCUUUGACCCCUUCUGCUACCUGAGUGUCCCUCUCCCUGUGAGCAAAGAGCGUGGCAUGGAAGUCUUCUUCGUUUCUAUGGACCCUCGGCGAAAGCCUGAGCAGCAUCGUCUGGUUGUGCCUAAGGCGGGGAAGGUGUUGGACCUCUGUGUCGCACUGGCUAAGCACACGGGCGUCUCUCCGGACAGGAUGAUGGUAGCUGAUGUUUUCAGCCACCGCUUCUACAAGAUCUACCAGCUGGAGGAGUCUCUUAGCUGUAUCCUGGACCGGGAUGACAUCUUCGUGUAUGAGGUGUCUGGUGGAGCUGGAGGGGGAGAGGGUACAGGAGAGGACGUGGUACUGCCUGUCUACCUUCGGGAGCGGACCCCGGCCCGGGACUAUAGCGACUCCUAUUAUGGUCUCAUGCUUUUUGGCCAUCCCCUGCUGGUAUCUGUGCCCCGUGACCGGCUCUCCUGGGAUGCUCUCUACCACAUUCUGCUGCAUCGCCUUUCGCGGUAUGUUACUCGGCCUGAAUCAGACGAGGAGGAAGAGGAGGAGGAGGAGGAGGACGAGGAGGAGGACGAGGACGAAGAGGAGGACGAGGAGGACGAGGAGGAGGACGAGAACAGUGAAGAGGAAGAUGACGAGGACGACGAGGACGACGAGGACGACGAGGAUCUGUACAAGCGUCCAAGCAGGCUCAGUGAGGGCGAGGAAGAGGAGGAAGAGGAGAGGGGGGGGAGUGCCUUGGAUGUUCGGGCCUCUACAGAGGGCUCAGGGGCAGCCAGCGGGGUUCAGGUGGGGGAGGGAGAGGGGGAGGGCCCUCCUCCCAGUCCCCCUCCCAGUCCCCCUCCCGGCCCCGCGAAGAGGCCAAGAAGGAGGCGCCGGCGCCGGCGGCGGAGACGGCCCCGGAGGAAGGUCCUCUUCAGCCUCCACACUGUGAACUCCAACGGAACCAGUGACAGAAGAGGCUUUGCCGAGGAUGCCAAUGGAGUCUCCUUUAACUCCCAGCCAUACAUCGCCAUCGACUGGGAGCCUGACAUGAAGAAGCGUUACUACAACGAAGUGGAAGCUGAGGGCUAUGUGAAACAUGACUGCAUGGGCUAUGUGCUGAGGAAGGCCCCCGUGCGUCUCCAGGAGUGCAUCGAGCUCUUUACCACCGUGGAGACUCUGGAAGAAGAGAACCCCUGGUACUGCCCAACCUGCAAACGCCACCAGCUUGCCACCAAGAAGUUGGACUUGUGGGCCCUCCCCGAGGCCCUCAUCAUCCAUUUGAAGCGUUUCUCCUACACCAAGUUCUCCCGUGAGAAGCUGGACACACUGGUUGAGUUUCCCAUCCGGGACCUUGAUUUCUCUGAGUUCAUCAUCAAACCAAGGACUGAGGCUGACCCAACACCCUGCAAAUACGACCUCAUCGCUGUCUCGAACCACUAUGGGGGCCUGCGAGAUGGGCACUACACAACGUUUGCCCGGAACAAGGACAGCGGCCAGUGGCAUUACUUCGAUGACAGCAGUGUCUCCCCUGUGUCUGAGAGCCAGAUUGAGUCCAAGGCAGCCUAUGUUCUAUUCUAUCAGCGGCAGGACAAGGUGCGGCGAUCCCCAAGCAGACCUGGCCCAGCCAGCACAGUCUCCACACCCCCUGGUGAUGGCCCAGGCCCUUGUCCCCGGGCCGAGCCCAUGGACAUGGACUGAAGGGGGGACCUGGGAGGGGGCCCCACCCUGUUCCCCUCCUCAUCCCCACAGAUCACCAGCACCCACUGCCCUGGACCAUCUCAGGUACUGCUCCCCAGGGCUUCCCUCCAGCCCUCUUUCCCUGGCCCCGGGGACCCCCAGCCAUGGCCGCUGCCCCCUCCCGUCCCUGGGCUCACCCCUCCACGGGCAGCCACUCAAGUGCCUGCCCUGCUCCCAGUCAGAGCAAUAAGUCCUGGCCUCCCUCCCCCCCCUUCCUUCCCUCUCUCCCUCCCCCUCCCCCCUCGAGGUGUUUCUCUUUUAUUUUGUAAUUUAUGUUUCGCUGCCCACUGGGGGGCAGCCAGGGCUGGGUCUUCGGGGCAGGGGAGGUCUCCGCAGUGAAUACAGAUUGUAUUUUAUUAUUGAUGCCCUCCCCGUCCUGUCUGGUACCCGUUGUACAUAAAAGCCCAUGUUUCACCUGGAGCAGCUUGUUCUUGCGGCAUAUUUACAUGGGGCAUGGGACAGAGGUGAGGAGGGAAGCCUUGAGCCUCUGCCUUGGUGGGAUAGAAAAGCAGAAGAGGGUGGAGCCUUGGGAGUGCUGGGAGCUUAGGCUCGCUAGGAGGGCAGGCUCGCCACCAGGUGGCACUGUUUGAAGCUGGCAGGGGCUGGGGGUUGCAGGAUUCAGGCGGAGCUUUGUCUUGGUCCUGUGAAUGAAGGAAAGGAAGGUCUGAAAAUGGGUGGAUCCCCCAUGGAGGAGAAUGGGGGGCGCUCAGGGAGGACACUCGGUGUGGCCACCCAGAGGAUGGCAGGCUUGGCGGGGAAAGGUAUCAGAACCCGGAGGAGACGUGGAAGAGGUUUUCUAUUCCUCCUACCAAGCAGGCCCCGCAGACCCUUAGAGCCUUAGGCCUUGCAGCCAGCUCCUCUGAGCUCCCCAGUGGUUCUUAGACCAUCUUCCCCCCACCUCCACCUUCUCCAAGCCCUUCCCACCUUGAAGCAGCUCUACUGCCUCAGAGUAGCCAGUAAAGGGUGGACUUUCCUCACUUCAGCUCACUUGGACCUUCCUCAAACCAGCAUACUCCAAUUCUCGAUGCUCAGCCCACCCCCUUUAGCCUAAACCCUUCCAGGGUCAUCCCCAAAGACCCUCCAGCAACCUUCACCCCCCAUUGUCCCAACUAGUGAGAUGGGUAAAGAGAGGAGGUUAAGGGACUUGCUGAGUUAAGGUCACUCAACCAGUUAGUGUCUGAGGCUGGAUUUGAACUCACAAGUCCACAUUGUUGCCCUGCUGCGUGUAAAUUGUGCUAAUAAACUUUUUAUUGAAUGGGA